UGUUUCUGAAUAAAUCUUGGUCGAAAAAUAUCAGACAUCCUGGGAAGUAAUUUACUGAAGGCAAACUGGAUCUUUUUAAUCUUACUGUAUUUUUCAUAUGACUUCAAAUAUCAUUUUUUUACGGUACUAUGAAAGAGCUAUUGAAUUGACAGGCUUUUCGUGACUUUUUUCUCACAUCCACUGUCAGAGAGUGUUGUAAAGUUGCCAACAAGUAAACUAUACUGCUUUGAAGACGCCCUAAUAGCGGUACUCUUUUCGCGCACUUUAUCAAUCAACAUAUAAAAAAGCAGCUACAUUGGUCGAAGAACAAAAGACAAAACGUUUAGAUGUCUUCAAUAUUUUAUUUGUUUGGUUAUGACCUCAGCAUUGCAAUGUUUUGUUGUUGGAUGGUCGUAGCAUUUUGGCACAGGAAAGGCAGAAAUGCCACAAAAAAGUUGCGGGAAUGUUAUUCUGAUAAACCACAACAUGGACCUAUCCACUGACGAACGAAUUUGUUCAAAGACAGUCUUAAGCUCUACUUCCAUUUGAAGCAUUUUUCAACUAAGGGGACCUGUAUUUCAUUUCGUCAUCCAUAAAUACUGAGAUGCCAGACGAGGGUUCACCUGAUCCAUUGUCAGGAGGUUUGGCGAAAUCAUUUACAAACACGCUUACGACUGUAAUGAAUCAGACCAUCUCAGAAGAUAGGGUUGCUCAAGGAGAAAUGGUUGAGGAUUCAAAAAUACCCGUCUGUGGUGAAAUCAAGGAUCCGAAUAUAAAAGUGACGUUGCAAAAUAAGGAAAUAUGGGACAAGUUCCAUGCCUGUGGGACAGAAAUGAUUAUCACCAAAGCAGGAAGGCGGAUGUUUCCAGUGAUCAAAGUAAGCAUAUCUGGACUGAACCCAAAGCUAAAAUACAUUCUUGUGAUGGAUAUUGUCCCUGUCGAUGACAACAGGUACAAGUACCACAAUUCAGAAUGGACAAUAGCAGGCAAAGCAGAGCCUCAUAUGCCAGGCAGGUUGUACGUCCACCCAGACUCGCCAUCAACUGGUGCACAGCUCAUGAGACAAGUGAUCAGUUUUCAGAAGAUCAAGCUCACAAACAACCACCUCGACCAAUCAGGACAUGAUGGUUACCUCACAAAAGCUAUUAGACAGAUAAUUCUGAACUCGAUGCAUAAAUAUCAGCCUCGAAUUCACAUAGUGCAAGCAGACGACAGUUCCCCGACUGCCCUUCGAAAAAGCACCUUCACUACGCAUGUGUUUACCGAGACCGAGUUCAUGGCUGUGACCGCAUACCAGAAUCCUCGGACAACCCAGCUGAAGAUUGAGCACAACCCCUUUGCGAAAGGAUUUCGAGGUGGCUGCAACACUGAUCAUUACGCGAGCAUGAAGAGGUACCACGAGCAAGACCUAUAUUACGCAGCGAAACGUGUCUAUCAACCUGCAAUGUCAAGCAUGGCCGGAAUCAGUAGAACGUGCCCAACGAUGUAUAAUCCGCCACAAAAACCAUACUCCGACAUAUACGGUUCCUCGAACUAUGGAACAAUGGAGUACCCUUAUGCCACCAACCAACCUUACAUUUCUAAAUCUUGCAGCCCGGAACAAGAAUCAUAUUCGACUUCCAAGGAGGAGCGCUCACCUAGCUCCUCCCCAGCCUCUCCGGAAUCCAACGUGCCGCACGGCUUCCCAAGCGGCCCUGCACCGCCUUUGGCCCAUCCACCAGCUCAUGCCAUGAGUGCUGGAUACCCGAUGCCGCCAACCGGCUAUCUCGCCAACGGUAUGUCCUCUGUGUAUGGAUAUCCACAGUCAUAUUGCAGUAUUUAUACGUCGCCUUCCGAAAACUACCAUGGUCGGGCAGAACACUGCAUGCGAUCUGCCUACAGCUGGCAGCCUGAUAAUGCUUAUCACUAAGAAGUUGGUGACCUCUUAAUGAUAACCGGGUCUGGUCCUAUUGUAAAGCUGGACAACUGCAUGAACGGUUGAAGUUGCAGGGAAGAGCUCGAUUGGGACAGUAGAAACAUUUGAAGCUUGCCAUGGAUCGAGGAACCCUCAUCAUUUCCCGAAUCUCGAACCUUCAGUGAGAUUUUUAUAGGCAUCGACAGAAUUAAGGUCAUCUACUUGCAAGAGGCCUCCAAUUUCAAGCUAUUGUACUUCCAAAUUUCUCCCAUUCGAAUCCUCUCUUUAAUUAACGAAAUCCUUUUCUUGAUUGGGAAUUUUUCAACGUAUACUCUCUGUUAAUUGCUAAGAGGUGUGCCGUGGAUAACUGGCCACAAUCCUAAUCGUCAGCCAUCAAACUGAGAAAACAACCAAAUGUAAAGCCUAGAGUUGUGGGGGGGGGGUAUCAGCCCCAAGCCCAACAAUUAGCAAAAUAGGCAACACAGUAUACAAUAUUUAGAGAUACGAUAUUCACCAUUUUUGUAAGGUUUUUUUUAACUAUUUUUCACUUUAACCUCAACACUGAGAGGCCUGAUAAGUAUCCACUGCUUGAGCCCCCAUCGCUUACUGUUUUAGCUGUCCAUAGCCUCCUCUGCCCAUUUUUGCCAAAAAAAUUGAAAUUGAAAUGCAUAACAUUGUUCAAACAUUAUGUAUCUUACCAAAAAAACUUUUUACACGUAUUCUGAGUGUUUACUGUAAAUGUGAGUGUAUUGCUUUAUCUAGAUGGGUACGUUGAGUUCGUCCCUGCCUAUACCUGAAAAUAGUGUAGAAAAUGUUAGAUAAAUUUUAUGGACAAUAUACAGAUAGAGAUAAUUUAACCUGUUUUAUAAUCAAUGUUGACAAAUUAGAAAAUAAGGAAAUGGAAUCCUAAAUAAUGCGCAUGACUGCUAUAACGACAUUUUCACUCAAUUUCUCGUUUGUGAAUGUGAUUGUUUUAAUUGAUUGCAACCAACGAAGGGGUUGAAUGAAAAAUGAAUUUCAUGGCAAUCGAUAUGUAUUAUUGUGGCCUAAACGACCUUUCAAUCGACAAUUGACCAAUCAAUAAGCAUGAACGGCUAACACGUGAAUUGAUUGGUCAAUAAUUGAUUGACACAUGGCUUGGGCCACAAUUGCCUUCAAUUGGUGAUAUUACAAUUUUGCUUAGGGACUUACUAUGUUUACUGUUUCUUAAGAAUUUAACUGAUGAAAAAUUGGUAUUAAAUUCAAGCUAUAAGCUGUUUUUGCAAAAUAGAUAUGGUGGACUAACUCUGGUCUUGACAAACCAAUAGUUAGCUCCAAAAUGCCCCGACUAAUUUGAACCCGUAUUAAUAAUUGUAGAAUUGUAC